AUGGAGGUCCAAAUAAUUUCCCAGGAGUACAUCAAGCCCUCUUCCCCAACACCUCCACACUUGAACACUUACAAAUUUUCUCUCUUGGAUCACUUAAUGCCUCCAGUUUAUGUUCCCAUGAUCUUGUUCUAUCCUCCUGUUUCACCUCCCAUUUCUACUAGCAGUGAAAGAUCACAAGCUCUCAAACAAUCUCUCUCGGAAACCCUGACUCGCUUUUACCCGCUUGCAGGAAGAAUCAGAAGCAAUCUUUGCAUAGAUUGCAACGAUGAAGGAGCUUAUUACAUAGAGGCUAAGGUUGAGUCUCAUGACCUCUCGGAGUUUCUGCAGCAUCCGGAUUUGUCACUAUUCCCUAAGCUCGUUCCACCUUUCAACAGUUUGCUAGAUUACACUGAUCAACUUACGAAUCCCACCACCACCCCAGGAGGAGGACCUGAUGUAGUCAUGGUACAAGUGACCAACUUCGCCUGCGGCGGCUUUGUGAUUGGAGUGUAUGUUUCUCACAUGAUUGUUGAUGGUGUUGCCAUUAGCACUUUUCUCCAGGCUUGGGCUGCAGCCACAGCACAGAAUCAAUCAGGUGAUCAGUGUAUUCAUGUGUUGCCUAGUUUUGAUGGUGCAACAUUGUUCCCUCCGAUUCAUGAUGAACAAGGAAAGUUUGCACACCCAACAGAAGCAACUAUGAGGGGCUUGUACAGGCGUUUUGCCAAGAAAGGAAGGUGUGUUAAUAAGAGAUUUGUAUUUGAGGCCUCAGCUGUGGCCAAACUUAAAGAGCUAGCAGCAACAUCAUCAUUACAGAAUCCAAGUCGGGUGGAGGCAGUUUCGGCAUUCAUCUGGAAAUGCGCCAGAGCUGCUUGGAAGGCCAAGUCUGGUCGAUCUGCACCAAGUUUGAUAACACACGCAGUGAAUUUGCGCCGAAGAGCUGACCCGAAUCUUCCACAAAAUAGUAUGGGGAAUUUUGUUUGUUUGACAGGUGCAAUAGCAAAUGAAUGUCACGGAGAAGAGGAGUUAGAGUUGUCAAGCUUGGUGAGCAAGAUGAGGGAAGCGACAUCGAAAGUCAAUGGUGACUUGGUGGCGAAGCUACAAGAUCAGGGCAGGUUGGAGACUUUGAGUAAGGUUUUCCAAGACAUGGCUGAUGCUAUUGCACUCUCCACUACUAAUGGGGAUGAUAAGGUGGAGAUGAACUUUAUUGGGUAUACAAGCAUUGCCUACUCUGGAGUGUAUGAUGCCGAUUUCGGCUGGGGAAAGCCUCUGUGGGUCGCUCCAGUUCAUGAGCCCUGCCACGAGGCCUUUUCGGUCAAUGUGGUUCGUUUGAUGGAUACAGGAGAAUGGGGAAACAAUGGAUUUGAAGCUUGGAUUUCUCUAGCUGAGGAAGAAAUGAUAUUAUUGCAAAGCAAUCAGGACUUGCUUGCUUUUGCUUCUCUUAAUCCUAGUAUUCUCCUCAGGUAA